AUGUCAGCCGCCCUCACCGCUGCCAGGUCCGUCGUCCGCUCCAACUCCGCCCGAUGCACAGCGACGAGACUCACCGCUGGAGCUAAACCUAAACCCGCACGUUCUCCCUUUCGCACCCCCACGCAGAAACCACUCCCUUCUCGCAUUUUCAGGUCUCCAGUUGAGACGAGCUGCGCCGUUGAAUCGAUGCUUCCAUUCCACACCGCCACUGCCUCUGCAUUACUCACUUCGAUGCUCUCUGUCUCUCCUCGGAGCUAUGGUUUGACUCUUGAAGGGUUGGGCUGUUCGCCCAUUAAAGUGGUAUGGGAACUGGGUUCAGAACGUCGUGAGAUGGUUCAGUCCAUAUCCGGUGUGGGCAUUAGAGCAUUGAGAGGACCUUUCCCUAGUCUGAGAGGAUCGGGAAGGAUGCACCUCAGGUGUACCAGUUAUCGUGCCCAUGGUAAACGUUGGGUAGCCAAGUGCGGAGAUUGA